UUGUGCACCGAGAGCCGGCGCUGACAUUGAGUAGUGGGUCAGUGUAAGAGACGCACACGCUAACUCAUGCACAGGGGAGAGAUUCCCAGCCACGUAAGUACAGCACCGAGGAAGAUGAUGUCUUGCUAAAAAAGGGAUCGGCCAGAGCCAUCCCUUUUAUUUUUCUUUCUUCCUUUCCCUACUACCUCUGCAAGAUCACAUUCCUUCUUUUAUAGAGAGAUAUAUUUUAUUGCAUUUUUGGGGGAGAGAAAAAAAAAAAAAAAGGAAAGAGACGCUCUCUUUUUUUUUUUGCAAGGCAAUCAUCUCAAAUCCCAGACACAAAGAAGCCUCUAGGAAGCUGCGAUCGCUCACCCUGUGCAUUUUAAGUGUUUUGUCUUCUCCUGUGGAGUUUUCAUGAACGGUUCCAGAACACACAGCAUCACAUCGUGUCUUGGAGACCAUUGAUCUGCUGUCCUUGAUUGAACUUUACGAUGUGAUUAGACCCAAAGCUGCUCAUCUCAAUCUUGCACGUUGCUUUUGUUCGCCCUCCUCGGUGCAAGACGUGUUAACUGCUUAGACCGGUAUAUAAAUAGACAUAUAUAUUUUUUCUAUGUUCCAUUAACUAGAACUGUGCAGCAUAUAGGAGAUCCCUGCUUUUGAAUUUCUCCUACUCCUUUGGAAAAGCUUAAGACGCCAUCUACAGUUAAUACCAAGACAACUUUUUGUUAUUCUUACAGUAAAAGUCGCAGAGAACCCGGCAUUAAAUAACCACCGAAGAAGCAGCGUUUACAAUCAAGUGAAAUCUGACAUUUGUGAAGAAUAUCGUUAUUUUUUUUUCUUGCUAUUCAAAAUAUUUUUUUAAGUAUUAGUGAACCCAGAGGAGAUAUUCGUAAGAAGAUCUGAAUUUAUUUUUCUUCAAGUCCAUUGGUUUGCACAAGAUCUGGAUCGAACGUCCAGGUCAUCCAUUGUUUGCCAAGUUUAUCCCAGCGUUCUAGAACGCUAUUGUUUACCCAAGUUGUCCCAAACGUUCUACUCGCACAUGCAGAAUUCGCAAGCCUUAGCCUAUAGCUUUUUGCCAAAUCUUCACCUUUUGUGAAGCUGGUCUGGAACUUCAAUUCUUCCACCUGAUAUUUCUUCUUGGACAUUAUUAUUUUUUGUUGAUACACGAGUAUUUUUUCUUGGCUGUUGGAACCUUUUAAGAAGCACAAAAACCUGCCUGUCUGCUGGCCUUGUCCUCUCAGCCUGGGCUUUGGUUGCACUCCCAUACUCAUGAACAUACAAAGGUCGAACCCUAUCACAAUCACAAGGUAUGGGAGAUCGAGGAACAAAACCCAGGAUUUUGAAGAGUUAUCAUCCAUAAGGUGUACAGAACCAAGUCAGAGCUUCAGCCCAAAUCUUGGUUCUCCAAGUCCUCCAGAGACUCCAAGCUCGUCGCAUUGCGUUUCCUGCAUUGGAAAAUACUUAUUGUUGGAGCCUUUGGAGGGAGAUCACGUUUUUCGAGCUGUACAUCUGCAUAGUGCAGAGGAGUUCCUGUGCAAGGUUUUUGAUAUUCGCUGCUAUCAGGAGUCGUUGGCACCCUGUUUUUGUCUACCUAUACACAGCAACAUUAACCAAAUAACAGAGAUCAUUCUUGGAGAGACUAAAGCUUACGUGUUCUUUGAGAAGAGCCAUGGGGACAUGCAUUCUUUUGUUCGUACCUGCAAGAAGCUUAAAGAAGAAGAGGCCGCUAAGCUUUUUUAUCAAAUAGUAUCGGCCGUAGCACACUGUCACGAUGGCGGAGUGGUACUGAGGGACCUUAAACUACGGAAAUUUGUCUUUAACGACGAGGACCGGACUAAAGUCAAACUGGAGAGCUUGGAAGAUGCUUAUGUUUUAGCUGGUAGUGAUGACUCCCUCUCUGACAAGCAUGGAUGCCCUGCGUAUGUAAGUCCAGAAAUCUUGAACACAAAUGGCAGCUACUCUGGAAAAGCUGCUGAUGUAUGGAGUCUAGGUGUCAUGCUAUAUACCAUGUUGGUUGGACGUUAUCCAUUUCAUGAUAUCGAACCUAGUUCUUUGUUCAGCAAAAUCCGCCGUGGUCAGUUUAGCAUUCCAGAGACAUUAUCUCCAAAGGCAAAAUGCCUCAUACGUAGCAUUCUUCGCCGAGAACCUUCAGAAAGGCUGACAUCUCAAGAAAUUCUGGACCACCCUUGGUUUACGACAGAUUUCAAUGCGUUGAAUUCAGGAUAUGGUGCUAAAGAAGUAUCAGAUCAACUUGUGCCUGAUGUCAACAUGGAUGAGGACACGGACCCAUUUUUUAACUGAGCACAAAACUAGUUUAUUUUCGGUACUUGAGUAGAAUGUGGCCACAUGAAGGAGUCCUGUCUGAUCGUGUUAUUCAAAAUCUAUAUUGUCCUAAUGUGGCACCAUUAUAAAUGCUACUCUGGGAUUUGGUUUUGAGAAGAUACAUCUGCAAGGAACUGCUAUACACAUGUAGCAUCAAGGCUGCUAUCACUUUUUGUUUGGAGAGCAUCAGCAUGAAUCAAUUGUAGCUAUUCCCUAUCUGAAUCCAAGGAGACUGCACGUAACCCCCUUUCUGGUGCAUCUAUGUCACUCUUAUUAUACAAAAAAUUAAAAAUGUUUUGCCUGUCACAUCUUGGCAAUGCACUGUUAGCUAUUUUACUUCUGCCAUUGUUCAGGGAAGGUACAAUUGGCUUACCCCCCAACCGUUGUCCAGAAAUCUUGAACACACUUGUUUUUUUUUGUUUUUUUUUUGCUGUGUAUGUCUAUUCCUUGUAGUAAUUGGGGAUAAAUAAUAAUAAUAAAAGUAUACAUACCAAGUAGACACACUGACAUGCUAAAUGUGGGUGCUAAAAAUAUAAAGCAUUAAUUUCAUGUAUUUUUUUUUUUUAUAGCAAUCUUUCAACUUUUAUUUUCCGUAUUAUUAUAAACUACUUAAUGUUCUUAUCAAGGCUUAACGUCGUAAUGGUUUGUUUCCUUUAGGGGAAAUGACUUUAACAAGCUGUUCGUUUCUGUAAAAUAGUUUUGCCAUAGAAAGCUGUAAUAAUUCAAACAUCCAGAUGUUUUAUCGCUAUGUUAACGGGAGAACAACGUUACCUUUUGGAAGAAAUAAACAGGGUUUGAUAUACUGGCUUUUUAAUUUGUCAUCUUGCAUUCACAGCCAGAACGAUAAGCUGCAGAGCCAUUUUAAAGAAUGGAUUCCAAGUUGGUAUCUCCACAUUUUCAAAAUACCUAUUAAUACAUAACAUUUCAAUAGAAAUCAUAUUUAUAAGCUAACACUUUUUUUUCUCUCCCCUAUUAAAGACAUGCAUUAAAAUGCACCUGUUUUGUCAAGAAUUCUCUUAUUUAUUUUAAAGGAAAUGUCACAGUAGUGAUGUAUUAAGCCAGUACUUCUAUUAAAUUACGGGUUAACUUAAAAUGACAUGUUACAUGCUGUACUUAACAUUUUUUAUAUUUUUUUUUUUUUAUUUUAUUUUUGUCCAGGCACUUCUGUCCCUAGAUUUUUUCUUUUUUUUUUUUUUUUUUUUUUUAAAUAUAUUAUAGCUAAGCCGGCAUUCAUUUUUUCCCCUAUUUCUAUACUGCUCUAUAAUAUAAAAUAUCCGCAUAAAUAUUUGUGUUCUCCAGUACCUCAGUUGUUCUAAUUAUACUGCUUGUAUCUGUUUUGUGAAUUGGUCACGUUUUUCGGUAGGUACAUGUAGAUUCUGUAAGUAUGUAAAAUGUUACUUGAAUUUGUGCUUAAUUAUAGUAUGUGGCAUGUGCGUACAGCUACUUGGCAUUUGACUUUGGGACACUGUUUGCCUGCCCUGUGGGAAUUAUUUUUUUAAGGAUGAUAUAGCUAAAAAAAUACAAAGUUUCAGCUGACCUUGGUUACAGAAAGGAGUGAUAAUCCUACGCUCAUAGAUGGUGCUGCGUUGAGAUGGACCUUUUUAAUUUUGUAUUCUUUUUGAUUUAUUUGCCCCAAUCCCACCACCUACCUAAUUCCCUCUUUAAAGUACAUUGUAAGAAGAGUGACUGGUGAUACAAUGCAUGGUGGGGUAUUACUGCCUCUGGUGCUUUGAAUGUUAUGUACUAUGGUUUUAAUGUUUUUGUCCUAAUCUCUUCAAUAAAUUGUGCAUAUUUAACUAAA